GUUUGAAUUCAUCCACUACAUGACCCGUCUACUGUAUGCCCGUAUCAGUGUAUGUUCAAGGGUAUUUAUAAAACUUAUUUCACCCACAAAGCUUAUCUUCUGAAACCCUGCAUUGUCUAUUAAAAUAGGUAAAGUGGGUCAACUACAGAUGUGAACAAGUGUCAAGAGAGUCCCAUGAUAUACGAGCGAUAUGAUAUUGUUUCACUCAGACACAAUAGGCAUCAACUCAUCUGAUACACGAUGAAUGUGUUGUUCGUUCUUUCCUUGGUCGCUGUUGCAUUUGGACAGGGGCCACAGCGAUGCGAGACACCAAAGCAAUGGGAGGGAGAAAUUACCAUGCACGACCACACCGAUGGAAUUGAGACGAGAGCUAAACUCACAUACGAUGGAGUGGGGGAAAGAACACGUUGGGUCGAUAGAGUCUUCCUUAAUGGAAAGACAGAAUUUUAUGAUACACUUCGUCUUCAUAGGGAGAAUGUUGAAUACGUAGUUGAUCUAAGAACCAAGAAAUGUGAAAGACGCCCGUUGACUGAGCGUUUUCGAGUUUUUGAGAUCCCACUGGGUGCAAAAAGCAUGGGUGAAGCCUACGUCGGUAGCUCAGCACUUCUAGGCUCUGGUGUUCUGGUUGGAUUAUGGGAAGCAACUCUAUCUGAUCGUGAUAAUGGUUUAUGGACUGGUCAAUGGGCUGUGGAUGGCUGCGUGCCUGUAUGGGACCAUCUCUGGCACAAUAGAGUCAACUAUACCUCGAUCCAUUUUUAUGACAUCACCCUUGGAAUUUCUGAUCCUAACGUAUUUUUACCUCCUGCAGAGUGUGGCAGACAUUAGACACCGACUUUACCAUUACAGAAAUACGAGGACACUGAAACACUACAUAUUUUGCAUUGGGGAUUCUGAGAUGUUUAGCUAUAUUGAGCAAAGUCAUGCGUCUCCGAUAAUAAAACUUGCUUUAUAUUUCCCAAAAGUAUAUUAAAAUACAAGAGGCUUUACUAAUGACUGAAUACGAGAUUUUCUCCUCUGGAAAUCUCCGAUUUCUUGUAUCUGCUUUAAAAAUCCA